AUGCAGACACAUCCGAAUGCAAGGCUAUAUCGAGGAAGGAUUGUUGAAAAUCUCGACAAUUUACAGAUUAUUUUUGGCAAUGACUCUGCAUUUGAAUUUAGUCCCAGAAAUAGUGAUGCCUUGUUGGGCUCGACCCCGGGCUACGAGGAUGUAGAGGCUACUGAUACUUUUCAGAUUCAGAGUAGCUGUACAAAAGAGCAGACUAGACACUUGAUAUGGACAAAAGAAAUGGACUGCUGCUCGGGCAAUAUUCUUGUAAAGCAAUAUAAAGAGGGAAAUAAAUUAGAUAGUAAUUUAAAGUCCAGGGUAUGUACAGAUGCUGUUACAGCUAUAAACAAAAAAUUUCACCUUGACCUGACUAAAGAUCACAUUAGAAAUAGGCUUAAAACUUGGAAGAAACAGUAUGGUAUUCUAAAAGAACUCCUUGAUCAGGAAGGAUUUACAUGGGAUGAGACAAGAAAGAUGGUUGUUGCUGAUGAUUCAGCAUGGGAUGACUACAUCAAGACACACCGUGAUGCCCGGCCUUUUCGAGGAAGGGUUUGUGAGAACUAUGAUCACUUGUGCAUUAUCUUUGGCAACAAUUACACAAUGGGAAGCUAUUCAAGAACUGCUGAUGAUAUUGUGCAUAGUUUGGCUGGUGAUUCAGAUGGUAUGGAAGGUAUAUGUGUAUCACCACUUCGAUAUAGUGGAAGCAUGAAAGAUCAAGCCAAGACCAUAUGGUGGACAAACGAAAUGGACUGCUGCCUCUGCAUGAUUCUUGUAGAACAACUGAUACUGGGGAAAAAAAAAUAA